AUGGAGAAACCCAUCUCCGUCGUGACGGGAAAAUUGCGCAGCAUCAACAACAACCAUAACAAUGUCUGGUUCGUCGUCCCUCUCUUCUUCCUCCUCUGUUUCGUCCUCCUCUGUUUCGACUACUCUGCUCUCUCCGGCACCGGCACCGACACAGACGAACCCGCUUUCUCCUUCUCCGCCUCAACCCAGAAAUCGAUUCCCCGCGAAUUCACCAAAGAAGACAACUUUUCCCGAUUACUCGACGACCCACUUCCCGAUUCUUGCUCCGGUCGCUACAUCUAUCUCCACGAUCUCCCCAGUAGAUUCAACAGCGACCUCCUCGAGGAUUGCAGCUCGAUCACCAGAGGCACCGAGAAAAACAUAUGCCCGUACCUCGAAAACUACGGCUUCGGUCCCGAGAUUCAGAAUUCCGAGAACGUGCUCUUGCAUCAGAGCUGGUUCACGACGAACCAGUUCAUGCUCGAAGUGAUCUUCCACGAGAAGAUGAAGAAAUACAGCUGCUUGACAGAUAAUUCCUCUCUAGCCUCAGCGAUCUUCGUCCCCUUUUACGCAGGUCUUGACAUGAGCAAGUAUCUCUGGGGUUUCAACAUCUCCGUGAGAGACUCUUCCUCCCACGAGCUCAUGAAUUGGCUCGUGAAACAGAGAGAGUGGAAGCGAAUGUCCGGUAGAGACCAUUUCUUGGUCGCGGGGAGGAUCUCUUGGGAUUUCAGGAGACAGACGGACAACGAGUCCGACUGGGGAAGCAAGCUGAGGUUCUUGCCCGAAUCUCAAAACAUGUCGAUGAUGUCCAUCGAGUCGAGUUCUUGGAACAACGACUACGCCAUUCCGUAUCCGACGUGUUUCCAUCCUUCGUCUCUGGACGAGAUUUCCGAGUGGCAAGAGCGGAUGAGGACUCGAACACGCGAGUAUCUCUUCGCCUUCGCCGGAGCUCCGAGGCCUGAGUAUAAAGACUCUGUUCGAGGGAAGAUCAUAGAUGAAUGUAUGGAGUCAGAUGACCAGUGUUACUUGCUGGAUUGCAACUAUGGGAAAGUGAACUGUGACAAUCCUGUCAAUGUAAUGAAAGUGUUCAGGAACUCUGUCUUCUGUCUUCAGCCGCCGGGAGAUUCUUACACGAGGAGAUCGAUGUUCGAUUCGAUCUUGGCGGGUUGCAUCCCUGUGUUCUUCCAUCCGGGGACAGCGUUUGCGCAGUACAAGUGGCAUUUGCCGAAGAACCACAAGAGCUACUCGGUUUAUUUACCGGUUAAGGAUGUGAAGGAGUGGGAUAUUAAGAUUAAGGAGAGGCUGCUUGAGAUUUCGGAGGAGAAAGUGGUGAGGUUGAGAGAGGAGGUGAUCAAGUUGAUACCGAGCGUGGUGUACGCGAAUCCGAGGUAUGGAUCGGAAGGGAAUGAAGAUGCGUUUGAGCUGGCUUUGAAGGGAAUGUUGGAGAGGAUUGAAGAAGUGAGAGAGAUGAUGAAGCAAGGGAAAGAUGGUAGUGAAGGGUUUGAUGAUAGAGAUGAUUAUAAGUAUACUUUUUCUCCAUAUGAGGCUCAGGAGUUGGAAGUUGCUGCCGCCGAAGCAUUGUCGAUGGCGACGAAUCCGACGUUUCAGCUUUUCUCUUCUUCGAACGAUAAAUCUUCUCAAGGUUUAGGGUUCUUCGAUUCACCAGAGCCAGCUCUUCCUCCACCUCCUCCUCCUGUUGAAGUAUUAUCCUCAGAGGCGUCUUCCUCAGUCGAUUUCGCAGUGGAUAAAGUGACCAUCGGCGACGUCACUCUUUUGAAGGGUCGUGUGAACACUAAAGAGGUCUUUGGAUUGCCUAAUUCGGAUUUGGUUCCUGGAGUUUAUGAAGGCGGGCUUAAGCUGUGGGAAGGAUCAAUUGAUCUUGUCAAAGCUCUUGAAAAAGAAUCACAAACCGGAAACUUGACAUUCUCCGGAAAGCGAGUUCUUGAGCUUGGAUGUGGUCAUGCACUUCCAGGAAUCUAUGCAUGUCUUAAGGGUGCACAUGCCAUUCAUUUCCAGGACUUUAAUGCUGAGGUCCUUCGAUGUCUCACGAUUCCGAAUCUGAAUGCUAAUCUUUCCGAGAAGUCUUCCCCUGGCGAUGCAGAAGUACGCUUCUUUGCUGGUGAGUGGAGUGAAGUUCAUCAGCUUCUUCCAUUAGAUAAUGAUGAUGGUGAGGCUGAUAAGAAAGGUGGUUAUGACAUCGUUCUAAUGGCUGAGACAAUAUAUUCCAUCUCUGCUCAGAAAAGUCUCUAUGAAUUGAUUAAAAGGUGCUUGGCUAAUCCUGAUGGAGCAGUGUACAUGGCUGCAAAGAAGUAUUAUUUUGGUGUUGGUGGAGGGACGAGGCAGUUCUUGUCUAUGAUAGAGAAAGAUGUUGUUCUUGCUUCAACAUUGGUGUCUGAAGUCACAGAUGGUUCCUCAAAUGUCAGAGAGGUAUGGAAGCUUUCGUACAAGUAA